GUUCGGUUUCCGAGUGGCUGCCGGAUCCGCGGAGCCCCGGCAGGAGCGAUGCCUGCGCGCAGCCGCCACCGACCCCGCCUCCACUCGGGCUCCCCGCCUCGGGCUCCGCCCCCACUGCUCGAGGCGCUGCACUCCGGGGAGGCUCGGAGGGCCCCGGACUCCGACGGCGGCUCGGACGCCGACUCGGAGGUGGGUCCGGCGAGCCCGACUUGGACGGCGGAGGUGAGAGCGACCUGAGGCUGAGGAGAGGGGAUUUUGGGGGGCACCUGCAGCCAAGGGCAGUGGAGGAGGAAAUGGCAGGUCCUGAUCAACUCUGCAUCCGUCGCUGGACUACCAAGCAUGUAGCUGUUUGGCUGAAGGAUGAGGGCUUCUUUGAAUAUGUGGACAUUUUAUGCAAUAAGCACCGACUUGAUGGUAUCACAUUGCUAACAUUGACUGAAUAUGAUCUCCGGUCUCCUCCCCUGGAAAUCAAAGUCUUAGGAGACAUUAAAAGGUUAAUGCUCUCAGUUCGAAAAUUGCAGAAAAUACAUAUUGAUGUUUUAGAGGAGAUGGGAUACAACAGUGACAGUCCCAUGAGUUCCAUGACUCCUUUCAUCAGUGUUCUUCAGAGCGCAGAGUGGCUGUGUAAUGGGGAGCCUUCACACGACUGUGAUGGACCCAUAGCUGAUUUGAAUUCUGAUCAGUACCAGUACAUGAAUGGUAAAAACAAACAUUCUAUUCGAAGAUUGGACCCAGAGUACUGGAAGACCAUAUUGAGCUGUAUAUAUGUUUUUAUAGUAUUCGGGUUUACAUCUUUCAUUAUGGUUAUAGUCCAUGAGCGAGUGCCUGACAUGCAGACCUAUCCACCACUCCCAGAUAUAUUCUUAGACAGCGUUCCUAGAAUCCCAUGGGCCUUUGCCAUGACAGAAGUAUGUGGCAUGAUUUUGUGCUAUAUUUGGCUCCUGGUUCUUCUUCUUCACAAGCACAGGUCAAUACUUCUGCGAAGGCUCUGUAGUCUGAUGGGCACUGUGUUCUUGCUUCGCUGCUUUACCAUGUUUGUGACCUCCCUCUCCGUGCCAGGACAGCAUCUGCAGUGUACUGGAAAGAUAUAUGGCAGUGUAUGGGAGAAACUACACCGGGCCUUUGCCAUUUGGAGUGGCUUUGGUAUGACCCUAACCGGCGUUCACACUUGUGGAGAUUACAUGUUCAGUGGCCACACAGUCGUCCUAACUAUGCUGAACUUCUUUGUCACUGAAUAUACACCAAGAAGCUGGAAUUUCUUGCAUACUUUAUCCUGGGUUCUCAACCUCUUUGGAAUCUUCUUCAUUUUGGCUGCCCAUGAACAUUAUUCCAUUGAUGUGUUUAUUGCCUUUUAUAUCACAACAAGACUCUUUUUGUACUAUCAUACUUUAGCUAAUACCAGAGCAUAUCAGCAGAGUAGGAGAGCAAGAAUUUGGUUUCCCAUGUUUUCUUUUUUUGAAUGCAAUGUUAAUGGUACAGUACCUAACGAAUAUUGUUGGCCAUUUUCAAAACCAGCAAUAAUGAAAAGACUAAUUGGAUGAAGACUAUCUUUGUUAUGGGUUCAUGAUUAAAUAUACCGUACGUGUUGAAAGUGAAUAACUUUGCUUUCUCCCCCUAGGUUGUUCCUGGAUGCCUUGCUUUUUGGCUUAUAUGUUGACAAAGUUAAGUUCCCUGUUCUGAGCAAGGCUGCGAUUAUAGAAAGCAAGAAAGAAAAAUCAAGAGUCCUUAUAUAUCUGUUUGAACAGAGAGCUUAAGUCAGUGUGUUCUGCCCCUUCUCUUUAGGCAGAGGUAAUGUAGUGAUUGAAGUCAGACUGUUACCCUUAGCCUGUUGAAUAUUUGCUUAUUGAACUUAAGCAAAUCGAUUUAAGCAAUUUGCUGGUUGAAAAAAAAAAUUUUUUUUUUUAUUUUUUUUUUAUUUCCAGUAGGACUCCAGUCAGGAAAUAAUAUUUUUUGAAGCUCUUUAUUAUUUUCAAAGGAAAAACCCCUGCCAAGUGAACAGCACUUGUUCUUUGAACUAAUUUCUGCGUCUUUUUUAAAAUGCAACUCUGGAAAGUGAUCCGUUUUACUAACAAAUAAUUUUUGUCUUCGAAACCAUCUUUAAGAAAAGUAUAUUGAACAUACCAGGAUGCCUGAAACAAGAAGAGAAAGGGGCCAUAAUGAGGUGACAAAGUACAAAUAUAGUACUGGCAUUUUUCACCAAAGAUGCAAUGAAAGAUACAGUUGCUAUUUUGUUCUGAGAGUUCAGUAUUCAUGAGGGGAAAAUGACCUAUAAAUGAAUUUUAGUGAUGUAAGUACCUGGAAUAACUUUGUGCUAUAGCUGUUAGAUGACAGCCCAAUUUUAGGCUUUUUAAUGGUAAUAUUUAAUGAGCAAAAUAGUGGAGUGUUUUACCAGAUGUUAGAUAAAGUUCUUAUGUCCUUAAGUAGGGAGAUAUGCAUGCAAAAAUUUUUUUCUCUUUCUGAAAAGAACUUUAUAAAAGGGUGCAGACAUAACGUAACUUUUUAGUUUUUGAAAUUUCUUGUUCUUGACCAUCAGAAGCAAUCACAGACAUAUAUGGAUAUGAGAAGAUUUUGUUUUUUAGCUUUACAAAUACAGUUGUGUACAUACAUUCUUUCUAUUUAGUCUUAAUUUGGCAUUCAGGAAUUGAUAUAGAUUAGUUGCUGUUUACAACACUAGAAUUUAGUACCUUAUGUAAUUUAAAAUUUGAUCUGUGUGAUAACUUUUGUCACUUCACUUUUAAUGAUUUUAUAAAGUAGUUAUGACAAUAGGAUGAUUGUAUAAUUGGAAUUUGAACCCCAACUUAUGAAUUUAGCCACUUAGAAUAUUAAUUGUGUAGUUUUUACAUUCCAUUUUAAAACAAGGAGUUAGAAAAGGUGCUGGCAUAUUGAGGUCUAAAAUCAGGCCCUCUUAACAGGAGCCUGCUCCUUAUAUGGGUAAAAUAUUUUAUUUUUGCACUUUGAGUCAUAUUCCCACCCCUGUAUAAGCUAUGGAGGACUCUCGAAUGGUUUGGGCAGGAAAGGAAUAUUAUGUGAACAAGUUUAGCCAGUGCUGAAUGACCCCAGUUUGGAUCUGCUCUGACCAUCAUUUUUUAUUUCUCACUUGAGAAAUGGCACAAAGCAAUUCAAGUUUUAUUAUGCUUUUAAAUCUCAUACUUCAGAAUCUUAUAAUAUCUUAAAUUGUUGUUUCUAUUACAUGCUACAGAGAAACAUAUCAACAUGUCAUCUAAGGAAACUACAUAAUUAUGAAGGGUGAAGGAUACUUCCUAUGCCAGUUAGAGUAGUUUGACCCUUGAGGUCAAAAGAUGUGUUACUGCCAUUUUUUCCCAAAUGACAACAGGACUGAAUUUAGCUAGAGACUAAUGUUGGCUUUUGGAAAAAUGUUUGAAAAAAAUCUGUGGUGAUAUUAAUUCAAAAAUGUUAAGUAGCUACUUCAUAGUAAAUAUCUUAACAUCAGUCCUCUUUCCUUGAUAUAGAUUCUAUUCUAGAACAAAAUAGAAAAAAAUAAAUUGAAGCUAAUUUGCAGAGCUAUUAACUUUGCGAGUGCCUAACAGCAGACCGCUGGGAAGAUUGUAAAAUAACUUUUCAGCUUUGCAUUUAUCAUAUUUGUUUUGAAGAAAAGGUAAGCUAGACUUAUAAUUUAUUGUUAUAACUCUUACAAAGCAGUGUUUACAUAAAUCAAUCAUCUCCAAGUCUCUUUCUUGAAAAGUGAGACAAAUUUUUUUUCCUUAAUGUGAAAUCUAUAUUUUACUCGCUUUUUGUUUUGUCCAGAAAUUUCCAGACUUUGGUUUUUGUUUUGUUUUUUUCUUUGUUAAAAUCUAAACCACAACGAAUGUUUUUACAUUUACAUUUUGGGUGUGAAUGUGGCUAGGUAGAGAAGCUACACGCCCUAGAUCAACAUGUUUUUUGACAUUGUAAUAAGUUCUACAGUUGCAGACUUGUGAGAGGCUUACAUUAUUAAACACCAAGACCUCAGUAUAGAAGGCACCAAGACGGUUUUUGGUUUGAGGAUGCAAACUGGAGAUUAUAUUGAAAGUUCUUGAUGCAUUUUCUAUGUUCCUGGGGGCAGUGUGGACUUUUUUUUUUUUUUUUCUUUUACAGUCCAUUGCAGGACAGUGUUACUGAAGAGUAAUCGAAGUUUAUAGGGAGUAGAAUGUUUUGAAGAUGGCAUAUUUGCUGUUAUCACCAAAUAAUUUGGGAGGUAUUUUAUUGGCUAUGCUACAGAAUUCUCAGCAUGCCUAUCCUCUCCUUAUUCUCUGUGGCCAGCAUUAUUAGAGUAAAAAAUACAACUUUCAAGUGCUGGAACUAUUCAUUAGUAUCCUUUUAAAUCAGAAAGCAGUGAGCUUAGCCUUAGAAUCAGUCAGCUAAUAACUGUGGACUGUUCGCCAGGAAAAAACCAUUGACUGAGAGACCUGCUGGUAGUGUAACUUUGACACUGCAAGUGGCAUUCUUCUCUACCCUGUACUUGCCUGGUUGUUGUUACUUAGAAUUCGAAAAAUUCUUUAGCUUCAAAAUGGAGAACAGGAGAACCAAAUGCUUUUAUGGCUGAUAUGAAACAGUCUGUUUUAGGGACAUCCGUUUGGAAAGUAUUAUUUAUAUAUUCAAAGUCAUAUUAAUAACACUAACUGCUUUGUAUUCAGCAAAAGUCAUUUUCACCAUUAUGAAACAUCAGAAAGUUUCAUAGUAAACUUUUUUAAGGAUCCUAAUUCCAAAAUGCUUGAGAACAUUAACUAUAUUCUUGUUUUAAACCCUCUGACCUAAUAAAGUUAAUUAUUUGUUAGUCUUUUUGUAGACAAGUUAUCCUUUACUAAAAGUAACAAUGGUAAUAGUCAUUUGUCAGAUCUUUAUGGUAUUCAGGCAUUUGAGACAAGAAAGCUCUCGUUUAGAAUAGUUCAAUAGCUUUCUCAAACAGUAUCGGUUUCAUUUAGAUAGUUUCAAUGCCAACUUUACGUGAUAUUUAAGAUAGUUUGCAUUUGUAAAAAAUUUAGCCUGAAUUAUCCCUAUCUCUCUGUAGAGAAUUAUUAGCAACAUCAAAAGUCAGGCUGCUUCAGGUGACCAAUGAGAAAGGAGAGGGAGAGGUUCUUUUUCCCUCUCUGACAUUAAGUGGCUUUGAAUGACUGAAAUUACUGUGGAAGUAGAUUUUGGUCCCCCUCUCACCUACCCCUCAUCGCCAGCAAAUGCCACAGUUUCAAGGAACUAAAAUGUGGCCUGUUACUUUGUAUCAAGUUAAAUAAAAAUAUCUAUGAAAUCUAUAAGCCAUAAUUCAGCUACCAUUAAAGUUGGUUUUUGGAAUAUGUCCUGCCCUAAAUUAACCAAAGGACUUUUUAUUCAGUGUACUCCAUGUUUAAGCAUAAGAAAGCUUUGUGCCAGAUAUGGAGAGAGAAAGAGUACUGUUAAUUUCAUUGUUAUUUCAGGUCUGUUUGAAUCUGAACUACUGGGUUGUCCGAACCUAACCAAGCAAUGUUAUUAGUAAUAUUAUCUUUAAAUUGCUUAAUUUUAACAUUUUUUAAAUUUAGAGAAUCUAUGGAUUGUUAGGAUAAUUGAAGUAUUUCUGAUAUGGAACAAAGGAAGUAGAAACUGGUACAUGAUGGGGGAAGCGAAAUUAGCUUGGAUUAAAGUGGGCAUGUUUCAGGAAUUCUACCUAAAUGUCACCCUAUCCACAGAGAAACUAGUGUUACUUGAAGAUGUGAAAGUUCCUGUGGUAGCCAUACCUUGAAGCACACAGUAUUGUAUAUAAGUAAAUAUCUUGAUUCUAAAUUAAAUCUAGAUUUAACUAAUAUAUGUUAUUUUAUAUCUUUGUUGUAUUAAAAUGUUUUAAAACACUAAAAAUAAAACAUUUGAAAGUUGG